GAAGACACCUGUGGAGUAGCAUGCAAACCACAAAGAACAAGAGAUUGUCUUGAAAUAUGAUUGCAGAUUUAAUUGUUGAUAAUGUUCGUGACCAAACGUCUAGUUGACGUGUUUAGUGAUUUUCUCACAUCUUAUGGUCUUGACGUAUCUUAUCACCAAACGUGGAUAGGGGUGGAAAAAGUAAAGGGUAUGCUUUUUGGGGAUCAUACAUUGUCAUACAAACAAUUACAUUGGUAUAUGGAUGCUGCGAAUAAUACAAACCCUGGAAGCCACAUAGUUUUGUAUUGUGAUGAUGAGACUAACCGUUUCCAUAGAUUGUUUGUCCUUCAAGGCUGCAUUGAAGGUUUCAAUUAUUGUCGUCCAAUUUUAUUCAUUGAUGGGACAUUCAUUAAAGGAAAGUACAAAUGAAGCAUUCUUUCGCCAAUUGGGAUGGAUGAUAAUCAGGGAUUAUACCCACUAGCAUUUGCG